CCAAACAUAUCACAUAACAUAACCACCAUGACCACACUGCACCACCGACGGAUCCACCUCCUCUUCCGCCUCUCCGUCGUGGCGGUCCUCGCGCUCGGGGCAGCUCGAGUCAUUGUAGAUAGCUCCCGGAACAGCUACAGCAUGUGGCCGAGCAGCUCGAUGCUGCUGGAGUGGACAACUGGCCGCAGAUAUACGACUGCAGUUCCGAUCGAUGUAUCCGUGGACGAGGAAAUCGAGGAGGGGUGCAAUGUGUUCCAAGGUAGCUGGAUUCGGGAUAAUGAGAGUUUUCCUCUCUAUGGAGAAGAAAGUUGCCCGUUUCUGGUGAAACAGACAACUUGCGUCAGGAAUGGCAGAUCCGAUUCUUUUUAUCAGAACUGGAGGUGGCAGCCUGACGCGUGUGAUUUGCCAAGGUUUGAUGGUAUGAAGUUAAUGGAGAUGUUGAGAAACAAAAGAUUGAUGUUUGUUGGAGAUUCAGUGCAAAGAGGCAUGUUUGAGUCCAUGAUUUGUUUAGUACACUCUGCACUUCCUCGAGUUGUAACGAGAUCCCUCCAUCGCAUACCUCCGAGGAAAGUUUUCAGAGUCGAGGAAUUCAAUGCAUCCAUCGAGUACUACUGGGCGCCUUUCCUAAUCGAGUCGAUAUCAGACCAUGCAACGAACCACACCGUGAUGAAACGACUAGUGAAGCUCGAUUCCGUAGCUAAGCAUAGCAAGGAGUGGGAAGGAGCCGAUGUUUUGAUUUUCGAGAGUUAUAUAUGGUGGAUGUACAAACCUACGAUCAAUGCCACGUACGGAUCUCUCGACAACGUCCAAGAAUACGACGUGACAACGGCAUAUAGGUUGGCAAUGGAGACGUGGGCGAACUGGGUCGAUUCGCGCAUCAAUCCCGAAACCCAGAAGAUCUUCUUCGCAACAAUGUCACCUACACACUUAUGGAGUUGGGAAUGGAAGCCCGGGACAGACGGGAACUGCUUCAGCGAGACACACCCGAUUGAAGGGCCGUACUGGGGGACUGGUUCGAACCUUGACAUCAUGGGGGUCGUGGAAGAUGUACUCGGGAGAUUAAAGGUUAAUGUUACUGUUUUGAACAUCACCCAGUUGUCCGAAUACAGAAAAGAUGGCCAUCCUUCGAUUUUCGGGGAAAGAAAGGGAAAGCUCUUAACGAAAGAACAGAGAUCCGAUCCCAAGAAUUAUGCAGAUUGCAUACAUUGGUGCUUACCUGGAGUGCCCGAUACUUGGAACGAGAUUUUCUACGCGCUACUUUUACAAGAUUAUCGCGAUCAAUCCAUAAUAUGACUAGCUAGAAUGAUGUGAUGUAAUGUAUGAGAGGAGACACCUUUUUUGUCCGUCGGGAAACCACUGCCUCCGGCAGAGAAUAGGUCGAGGAACUGUCAAGAAGUAAUCAGUAUCAAAAACAUCCACAGCCUAUGUCAGUGAGAAUUUUAUGAUUCA